AUGAAUGAUUCUGAUAAUGAAUUUAAUUUUUCAUCUGGCCAAGAUGAAGAAAGUGAUGUCGAAUUAUUAGCUUCAACAUCUACAUCUACUUUAGCUUUAUCUACCUUGGCUUUGUCUACUCAAAAUACAAAGUUUUUUGAAAGAUAUACUGCAUUGGAAUUAUUAGAUAAUAAUGAAGUAGAAGUAGAAAAGGUUUCUUGUAAAUUUGAAGAUUGCGAUACAGAAUAUAUAUGGCUAGGAUUAACUAGUAAUUGUAUAACCCAUCUUCAUGAUAUACACCAAAUCACCAAAGAAUUACUUAAAAAUACAUUAGUAAAAGCAAAGCAACAAACGAUUUACCAACUUACAGAUUCAUUUGAUUUGCACAAGAUCAUACUUGACAUUAAAGAGUUGGAUAAACAUCAUGCAUUUGAUAUUGUUGAAUCUGUUAAUUCUGUUAUUAAUAAAUUUAAAAUUAAUUGUCAAAAUGUUUUUUCUAUUACUACUGAUAAUGGAUCCAAUGUCAGGUCUGCAGUGCAACAAAUGGGUAUUUCUAAUGUGAAAUGUGCUGGGCAUAUGCUUCAAUUGAGUGUCAAUUUAGGUUUAAAGGAAAUUACUCCAAGGCUUAAAGAGUUACUUAAUGUUAUUAAAGAUGUGAAUACAUAUUGGAAUUCUACUCUUUAUGCUAUUGAAUGUCUUGUAUAUUUAAAACCUGCUAUCAUACAAUUAUACUCAACUCUUACUAACCAUACAAUUAGGGAGGUCAAAAAAGGAGCAGAAACCAUGGGCCUUUAUAUUCCCUCUUUGGAAGAAUUUAAAUUAUUAGAAGAACUUAUUGAAGUUCUUUCCCCUUUUGAUGAAGCCACUCAAUUUUUAAGUAGAUCGAAGUAUCCAACACUGGGUUUCAUGACACCAAUUUUGAAAAAACUUGCUCAUCAGCUUAGAUAUUUUAUUGAACAAAAUAGUAUGGCAAUUCUUGUUAAAGAUAUAAUUUUAGACAAUUUAAUUGAAUGUGCUUUAUGGCAUACAACUAUUCAGAAUAUGCAUCAACAAUUUAAUGAGCUAUGUCCAAUACAAACCUCCAAUGAUAAUCUAACAUCAACUAAUGAUAAUAAUCCAUCUUUAACAUCUUCAUAUCAAUAUAAAAAAACCAAGAUAUCAGCAUUUUUUAUGCAUUUGCAUACAGAAAACUCUAAUGUUGAGCCUAAUGAAUUUGACUGA